AUGGAUGUCAGUUUCUUGAAAAUAAUAAAAACCCAACCUUUGUGGGUCAUUGUUAUUUUGAUCAUAGGUUCCACAUCAUUGUUGAAGAUCUCAAUAUUAAAUCUCAGAUGGAUUUACUUGUAUUUCUUAAGACCUCCAAAAAAGAUCAAGAAAUAUGGAUCAUGGGCACUUGUUACUGGCUCAACAGACGGCAUUGGCAAAGCUUUUGCCUUUGAAUUAGCCAAAAAAGGACUAAACUUGAUCUUAGUGGGUAGAAACCCCAAGAAACUUGAAGAUGUUACUAACGAAAUACAAUCCAAGUUCUCAAAGACCCGAAUCAAGAACGUUGUUUUUGAUUUUUCUGGUAAUAUAUCUGAGGGUAUAAAGAAGAUCAGUGAUGUAAUUGAGGGAUUAGAUGUCGGCGUUUUGAUAAAUAACGUUGGGAGUGUAUAUCCUUAUCCAAGGUUUUUUCAUGAAGUUGAUGAUGAAUUGUUGAAAAAUUUGAUUAGAAUUAAUGUUGAAGGGACUACUAAAGUGACACAACUUGUGUUACAUGGGAUGUUGAAAAGAAAGAAAGGUGCAAUUGUGAAUAUUGGUUCUGGUGCUGCUAGUGUCACUCCUUCUGCUCCUCUAUAUGCUGUUUAUGCUGCAACUAAAGCGUAUAUCUAUCAAUUUUCGAGGAGUUUGUAUGUUGAAUACAAGAAUAGUGGGAUUGAUGUGCAAUGCCAGGUCCCAUUAUAUGUGGCAACAAAGAUGACAUAUAUCAAGAGACCUUCCUUCUUUGUACCAUCAGCAACUGGAUAUGCAAAGGCAGGGUUACAGUGGUUGGGCCAUGAACCACGGUGCACACCUUACUGGAGACAUUCCCUCAUAUGUGGUCUAGUGCACAUUUUACCUGAAUUCACCGUUGAUUCAUAUCGCUUCAACCUCUGCCUUAAAAUGAGAAAGAGGGGACAACUUAAAAAUUUACAGAAAAAGGAGUGACAGAAGUUGAUUCAUCUAGACAAAUACUAAUAUGAAUUUGCUUCAAGUCCAUAUGUUGUGUAUUUUUAUCAAUAUCUUCUCUUUUAAUUUCUAUUUCAUAAAAAGCAUUGUAUUCUUAGCAGUCCAAUGUAUAACAAUUUAUAUAUCUCAAAUUUGAUUUGUAAUCACUUAAAAAUGUAAUGGCAAACACACUAUCACAAUAAU